AUAUAGGACAAGGAAAAUAGGAGAAGAAAAAAUAGAGCGAAAUCAAACAUAGCAUAGCGCAAGUGUCGCAGCUCACUCGUCUGGUGACAUCGUGUGUCAGGUGGAGGAAAGCAAACCAGCUUUGCUAUACUCUGGAAAGCUCUGGCCUUCUUCUACUACUCUGGUUUUGUUCUCCUACAAAUUUGGGCAUUUCAUGGAUUUGUCACCUCUGCCUUCUGCUCUGUUACUUGGAAAUGACUCUUAGAGGUUUGAAUUUGAGCGGGUUUCAGUUUUAUCUAUGUUCUUUUGCUGGGUUUUAAGAUCUUGGUGGAAAUGGCUUUAAGUUAUAUUUGUAUAACGUAUAUGUACUGUCUUCUUUGUGGGUUUUUGAUGUUAUGACGGCUUUUUGAGGUUAUGUGUAUGGGAAGUUAGAAUUUUGCUGGCUUUAGAUCUUUUUUCUGUUUAGAGUCAGCUAUGUCUAUGAACAAUAAUAAUCCACCUAAGAAUCUCGGAGCCUCUUCAUCGCCCUUUGGCAAUGCCGGGAUGGUAGCCCAAUCUAUGCCAACAAACCCUACAUUUCCACAAUCACAAGCUCAAGCACAAAUCGGAGCUGGUUUCCAAGCUCAAUUCCAGCUGUCCCAAGCUCAGGCUAUUGCCCAUGCUCAGUCAAAAGCUCAAGCACAUGCCCAAGCUCAAGCUCAACAGGCUCACGCCCAAUUCCAAGCUCAGUUACACGCUCAGGCGCUAUCCCUUAACCAGAACCAAGCAGCUGGCAUUGGGAAUUUAGGGUCUUCACCCUCCUUUUCCACACCUGGAAAUGCAAGUCUCAAGCGUUUCCCUCAAAAACCUCCAGUGCGCCCUCCUAGUGUUUCUCCUACAAACAUGAUGUCACCUAUGAGAACCAUGGAACUCACACCUGCUGCUCGUAAAAAGAAGCAGAAACUUCCUGAUAAACAGCUACAAGACAAAGUAGCCACCAUUCUGCCUGAAUCUGCUUUGUACACCCAGCUGCUCGAGUUUGAGGCUCGUGUUGAUGCUGCUCUUGCGAGAAAGAAAGUUGACAUCCAAGAGGCCCUUAAAAGCCCUCCUUGCAUUCAGAAAACGCUGCGCAUUUAUGUUUUUAAUACUUUUGCUAAUCAGAUUCGCACAAUUCCAAAAAAGCCAAAUGCUGAGCCCCCUACUUGGACUCUGAAGAUAGUUGGGAGGAUCUUGGAGGAUGGUGUUGAUCCUGAUCAGCCUGGAGUGGUCCAGAAAUCAAAUCCCUUCUAUCCGAAGUUCUCAUCUUUCUUCAAGAGAGUAACCAUUUCUUUGGACCAGAGACUAUAUCCUGAGAAUCAUAUCAUUAUGUGGGAAAAUGCUAGAUCGCCUGCACCACAUGAGGGAUUUGAGGUGAAGAGAAAAGGGGACAAAGAAUUUACUGUGAAUAUACGCUUGGAAAUGAAUUAUGCACCAGAGAAGUUUAAGCUUUCGCAACCCUUGAUGGAAGUUCUUGGUAUUGAGGUCGAAACCCGUCCUAGAAUAAUAGCUUCAAUCUGGCACUAUGUGAAGGCUAGGAAAUUGCAGAACCAAAAUGACCCCUCUUUCUUUAACUGUGAUCCACCUCUUCAGAAAGUAUUCGGGGAAGAAAAGAUGAAAUUCACCAUGGUGUCGCAGAAGAUAUCUCAGCAUUUGUUCCCCCCGCAACCUAUACAUUUGGAACAUAAGAUAAAGCUUUCAGGGAAUAGUCCGGCUGGAACUGCAUGUUAUGAUGUGUUGGUUGACGUGCCCUUUCCAAUUCAAAGGGAAUUGUCUGCUCUUUUGGCCAACUCAGAGAAGAACAAAGAGAUUGAUACCUGUGAUGAAGCAAUAUGUGCAGCUAUAAGAAAAAUCCAUGAGCAUCGUCGCAGGCGAGCUUUUUUCCUUGGGUUUAGCCAAUCACCUGUAGAAUUUAUCAAUGCAUUGAUAGAAUCUCAAAACAAAGAUUUAAAGCUUGUGGCUGGAGUAGCGAGCCGCAGUGCUGAGAAAGAGCGACGAUCAGAUUUCUUCCACCAACCAUGGGUUGAAGACGCUGUUAUUCGCUAUUUGAACCGUAAGCCAGUUGCAGGAAGUGAUGCUCCUGGAAGCAUGUGAAAGGAGACUGUUGAGCUCUUGAUGGGGGUGCCAACCUUUGUAUUCUUUAGCAGACGUAGGAGGAUAUACGAUUGCCUUUUCUAUUGAUUGUAGGAUGGGGAGGAUGCUGGUCGCGCAUUGAACUUAGGCAAAAUAUAUAUAGCUUGUUUUGUUUAACCUUUAAAUUUUCCAUGUACUUGCUCUGCUGAUUAUGGUUAAUGUACAAACAUGUUAGACACAGUUUUAUUUAUCUAUGCUCCAUUUUAACUUACAAA